AGUUCGGUCCUCAAGCUCGAGGGAGAGGUAGAUUUCGUCAGAGAAGGAUGCGGUGAUUUUUCAUUGGGAAAAAAAAUCGUUGUCCCCUUCGUAGUUCGGUCGAAACGGACACUUAAACAGUGCUAUAAGCCUCGUGCGUGGACGUCAUUCGUCAAGGAUCUUUUGACACCGAGAAGCCGGACAUCGCCGAUCCGCUCCAGAGUUUAGAGCGGAAGCUUCGGAGCAAGGACUGUGAGGAUGCGAAUGGAACUCUCAAGGACACUCGUCGUCCUCGCGAGCUGUCUCCAGGCUGUCGUCGGACUCCGGAUCACAACGCUGGACGUUCCGUCACUGUUGAGACUCGGUCAACCUACCCAACUGAAUUGCUCAUACAGCCUCGAAAAGAAUGAACGUGUCUACUCGAUCAAGUGGUACAAGGGAAAGACGGAAAUCUACGCAUACCUGCCCGACGCUUCGCCUCCGGUCAAGGUCUUCCGUGAGAAUGGAGUAGACAUAGACGAAGACGCCGCUCUCAACGGGAAGCCGCUACAAACGUAUCGGAGCAAUCUGGUUCUUCGUUCGACCAAUGCCGAUUCCGAAGGCCGGUAUCGGUGCGAAGUUUCUCUCGAAGGUUCAUUCACCACAGAGAAAGCGGAGAAGGUCAUGAUUGUCUACGAUGUUCCUGCCGAUGGACCGACCAUAUCGAACUUGAAGUCCGGCUACGGAUCUCGAGACCUUGUGCGCGCAACCUGUUCGUAUGGACCCUCCCGGCCCGACGCCACCCUUGAGUGGCACAUCAACCAUAUGGCGGUGAUUCCCGGCCAGAAGGGACGUCGGCUCGAGGAGAACACCGAAAUGUUUUCCGAUGGUCGCUCGAGAGUUCAGACCGAGCUGAGCUUCAAUACUUCGCAAACGGAUUUUAUCGGAACAAACAACUCUCUCAAGCUGUCGUGCACCUCCCGCCUGAAUAUCGCGUACAACAUCUCGAGCGAAGAAAUCGUCGUCCGGAGAAGUUUCAACCGGAGCUUCUCAUUCGGCGUUCAUCGAGCCGGUCCUCGGAAAGCAUCGUCGUCAAUUGGCCCGAAGGUGGAGUCGAAACCUAACAAGGGAAAUCUGAACGAAAACAACAAGCUCACACUCACCUGCUGGUCGGAGGGUGGCGCAGUGCAGAGUCUCAAGUGGUAUCGCAACGACAAAGAGGUGGAUCCCAAGUACAUUUUGGAUUUGAGUAAUGCUGAGAAACCCCACGCGGAAACCGUUAUGAACAUCCGGAUGACAGAAGAGAUCAUUCAAACGAAAACGGAGACCCGUUUCAAGUGCGUCGCCACUUACCUGUCACAGCAAGAGAACACGACCACGGUCGAGCUGCCUCUGAUAGCCAGUCUAUACUGUGAGUAG